AUGAUCACAUCCCCACUACAAGGAUCACCCACAUCACCUUACUGUAUCUUAUUACAGUUAUACAACAGAAAUUGGCGAUCAUCUGAUUUACACGUUGCCAGCGAUUUGAACAGUGACUCUCUUUGUCUCUAUAAAAGAUUAAGCAUGUCUUACCUGAAGAGGAAAGUUUAUGGGUCAGGGAAGGAUAAAGACCUCAUAUCGCUGGACUCAAUCCCCUUCACCGAGAAGUUACUCAACCCAUUGACCGAGGAAAACCAGUUCAAACAACAGGUUUUCGAAGUAAUUAGAGAGUUGAAGCUAUGGGACCACGAAUGCUCAGAUAUUAACAAGUUCAAACUAAGAAAGAUCAAAGGCGCACUUACCAAUAUCAUCUACGAGGCCAUAUACGAUGACUCGUCAUCUUUGCUUCUAAGAGUGUUCGGUGCAAAACUAGAAGCCAUUGUCGCAAGGUCUUACGAGAUUAAAGUCCUACAAAGACUCCGGGAAUCACAACUAAGGGGCCCAGUGAUAUUGGGUUGCUUCGCCAAUGGCAGAUUCGAAGCAUACGUAAGGGGAUCAGCCUCAGUGGCUCGAAAUGACCUCGCUGACCCUUGGGUCAUGCAAAAUAUUGCCAUGCGCAUGAACAAGUUACACACAGAGGUAGAACUCACCAGUGAUGAGCAAUACCUGUACGGUUCUUGCUUCCAAAAAUUAUCCGACUGGUUCUCCAUAUUAGAGACCGUCGGCGAACAAUGGAUCUCUGAUAAGAAAAAUCUGGAGAAGUACUUGCAUGUUAACGAUUGGCAGUUUUUCAAAGAUUCUGUCGCAACUUAUAGAGACUGGUGUUUUGCAAACACUCAUUACAGUUCACAAGACAACUUCGUCUUCUGCCACAACGAUUUACAACACGGAAACGUGCUUUUGAUAGACAAGGAUAACGAAAAGAACAAAAACCUAAUGCUUAUAGACUUUGAGUAUGCCGGACCAAACCCAGUAGCCUUCGAUAUAUCUAACCACAUGAGUGAAUGGAUGCACGACUACGACAGAUUGGACUCUUACAAGUCAGAUUACGACAGGUACCCUUCAAAGGACAAAAUCGACGAAUUCAUAGAUUGCUACCUACACCACUCACACACACCUAGAACCAUGCUCGACAAGCAGAAACUAAAACAUGAUAUAGAGCUUUGGAGACCCUGCGCUCAACUAUUUUGGUCUGUGUGGGCCAUCCUGCAGAGUGGCACAAUUAAUACCACUACUGUCAAUUCUCGAGACGCCACUCCGGAAGUUAACGGGAAAUUUAAUGACGAACCAGAAUUUCAAUACCUCCUCUUUUGCAAAGAAAAAUUAUCCUGUUUCUGGGGUGAUCUGAUACAAUUUAACUUGGUCGACAAGAACGAUAACCGCUUAAUCGCAGAGUCUGUUAAUUAUCUACCGCUUUAA